GCUCAGAGUCAGGGCAGUCCGGAGCCUCUGCAGGAAGUGACUCCUGGUUCCUGGGUGGUGCUUCAUGGCCGACGUUUAGCUUCUCCUUGGCGGCUGCUGGAGCUGGGGCUGGAGCCAAGGAACCCCAAGAGUGCUGGGCUCCAGGGUGGUCAUGCCUGGUCCUUCUUUGCUGUUAGGACAGCUGGUCAUCGAAAGGGAGAACCACUGACUUCUUCAUCUCAACCCAACUAUUCAGCUUUCAAAUGGACAAUGGGAAACUAAUCAGUACAGGGAAGUGGCAGAUUGUAAUUUGACCCUAUCUGCUGCAUUUGUAAUUUCUUCAGUGAUGAGACUUUGCUGGGAAGUAUGGAUAAAAAUAUUGCAGAUCAGCUUAAUAAGGCCUAUGAAGCCUUCCGGCAAGCAUGUAUGGAUAGAGACUCGGCUGUGAAGGAGCUCAAGCAAAAGACAGACUGCUAUGAGAAGCAGAUAUGUGAACAACAGGAAAAAAUUACAUUCCUAACAAAUUUAAUUGCAAAACUUAAAUCACAGUUGGCUGCUGGUAGAGACCAUCCUUCAGGCACCAAAGUUGCAGUCCUAGAAGACAGCGAAAUGAGAAGAAACGGUACUUUAUUGAACUUAGACUGUGAUCAGCUCCGUGAAAAGUUGAAACUAGCAAUGCAGAGAGAGAAGCUUUUAAAGGAACAAUUGGCGAGUGAGAGUGUAAAAUUAAAGCAAACUGAAGAAGAGAAUAAUUUAAAAGAAAAAAAAAUUGAAUCUAUUAUCACCAUCAAAGAAGAUGAAAUAAGGCAUCUGAAAAAGCAACUAAAAGGAAUGAAUGAAGCACAAAAUUACAUACAGGCAAGGAAUGAAAAGCCUGCUUCAUCUAGGCAGGAAUUAUCUCCAGGGCCCUUUGGUGCAGCUGUCUAUGAAAGGGAUGAACUAGAGGCUGUUUUCUGGAGCAUGAAGGAAGAAUUUUACCGCAUACGCACAUUAGCAAGAGCACAGACGGACCAGCUGAGUAAAUUUAACCUACGAAGAGAACCUGUAACUGAAAUUCCAUUCUCCAAGCCUAUCCAGUGCACUGAUGAACAAGCAGAUGAGGUGUGCAGUCCUUGGGUUAAAAGGGGCAUAAACAGAGAAGUUCCGCACUUCACAGCCAUCACAGCAAGAGAAACAGGCCAAGAUGAGGAGGAAAACUCGGUUGAGUCCCUCUCGAAACUGAAUGUGAAAUUCCCACCUACAGACAGUGACACCACUUUCUUAGAGAGUACCACAGAAAGUCCACCAAUCCCGUACAGUCCAGGGACUGAAGCCUUACUUCAGGAUCAGCAAUUUAAUAGUGACCUUGAAGACCAGGAUGUGAGCUACAGCGAGGUGAAAUGUAACUUGUUUGAGGAGCAUGGCACUCAUCCAGUUACUUCAGCUGUGCAUAAUCCAGCAGCUACCAGUGUAGCCAAAGCCUCAGGCCAGACAAACACACAUGUCCAGACUCCCUUAGACAAGACCCUGGGUUUUAAAGCACCUUUCUUAUACAACUAUGGGACCACUGUCUUCCCAAAACAAGAUGACUCUGAAAUACACUUUCCUGCCUUAGAAGGAAAUGAAGUAACAGCUGGGUCACCUCAACAGCCACUCUGGAAACCAUAUCACGGUGAAGACAGUGACUUAUUGACAUUUGCUUCUGCAAACCCAGAACUUGAUCAGCCUGAAAUAUGUGAAUUUUGUCAGAAAGUUUUCCCACCAUCUCUUACAUCCAGGGAGGAUUUUUUGAGGCAUCUGAAUUCACACUUCAACUGAAGUCUUAGUGUCACUGGAGCACAGAUAAGUUUUAUUUAAAUUGAAACUUUGUAGUUACUGUACUGGAAUUCAGUACAUAUAGUCAUAGUAUCAGAACGGAAGGCUGCAUUUAGAACAGAAUUGAUCCAGAUCCAUAUGCCACACUGUUAGUAUAAUUAAAGCCAAUUUUCAAGGCAUAAAAGGAAACAAUGUGGCAGCUCUACUCCUAGCCACAUGUUCCCUUCAAAAGCUUGGUUCGGGUCAAAGAAACUGAAGAUUGUGACCAUCUUGUAUGAAAAGAAGAACUAUGUGAACUCUUGAUUCAAGUAUGGAGUUGGUAAUGCUAGAACUAUUGUGCCUUUGUGUUUCUAAAGGACUUUUUAUUCCCUAGGAUGCCUUUGAACAUUUUUUUACACUUUUUAAGCCUUUCAUUGUAACAUGAUGUCAUUAAUUAUUUGUGUUGGAACAAGUCCUAUUUAUUUUAGUAUGCAGCUCCAAGUGCAUACAGACAUGGUAUAGGCCACAGAUUAAGCACUUAACUGGAUAUUUGGGGGGGUUUUGUUACUCCAAGGAGUAUUUAGAAAUAGCAGUAGAAUACCAGGAGCACAUCCACAAUGGCUACUGGUAACAGAUAACCUGAAACUACAUGUAAAUGUGUUUAAAUGCAUGUGCAUGAAAUGUGCUUUACCUACGAUGAGUGUUUUACCCGUGGCCCAUGUAACCUAGGAGCAGUCAGGAACAGAGUAAAGCAUUAUCUGGAGCGGAGCUUUGUAAUUUUGCCUACUCUGGGUUCAGCAUUAGUGUGUGUGUGUUUGUACCUUCAAGUCACUUGUUGACUUACUGCAACCUCAUGAAUUUCAUAUGGUCUUCUUAGGAAUACUCAGAGGUGGUUUUGCCUCAGUUAUUAUUUAUGCAAGUGAUAUUGCUUAAAUAAUUUUAUUACCAUAAUAAAAGUAGUAUUCAGAAUGUGGAUUCCGAAAACUAAAACCUAAAUGCUGUUGUUCAAGGCCAGUGUGAAAUAUUCAUAUUGAACUUGGUGUUGUGCUCACUCUCUAAUUAUUGAAUUUGCACCAUCACUGUAAAUGUUCUAUUUCCUCUUUUCUGCUUUCCCACUUUCCCCCUCCCACAAAAAGCCCAAUUAUCAGGAGAACAGGACACACAGACAAUAUGAACCCUGCUCUGUAAUGUGUGUACUGCUGUUCAUAGAAUCAUAGAAUCAUUAUAGAGCUGGAAGAGACCACAAGGGCCAUCCAGUCCAACCCCCUGCCAUGCAGGAAAUCCAAAUCAAAGCACCCCUGACAGAUGGCCAUC